AUGUACCCUCUGGCUAAUCUGACAGCAGCACAAUUGAACAAUACACCCAAAGCCGAACGCGAUUUCGUAUUGUUUAACCGCUUAGAAAAGGUUGGCAGUCAGAGUAUGACAAAGCUAUUGGGCCAUUUGGGUACUCUGCACGGUUUUGUCACCUACCGCAAUGAGAUACCGCCUAGCAAGAAAGCCGUAUACAAUUUUGAAGAGGAGGCGGCUUUCGCAGAGGAACUCAUUGAGCUGGAGGAGCCUUCGGUCUAUGUGGAGCACACCAACUGGAUCAACUUUACGGCUCACGAUAUGCCCAGGCCCAUUUACAUAAAUCUCGUGCGGCAUCCUAUACAGAAGGUAAUGAGUGCCUAUUACUAUCAUCGCCAUCCUGUGGUCUAUGCCAACAGCCUGUUGCGCAAUCCGAAUAAGCCGAAGCAGAAUAAGGAGUUCUUCGACAGGAGUUUCAAUGAUUGCGUCAGACAGCGUAUAGCUCCCGAUUGUGUCUUCGAUCCGCACAUACCCUACAAUAAAGACUGGCGAAGAUUCAGUUUGCAUUUGUGUGGCAAUCAGAACGUUUGUGUGAAUUUCAACUCUGAGAUGGCCACGCAAAUAGCCAAAUUGCAUGUGGAAAAGGAAUAUGCCGUUGUGGGCAGCUGGGAGGAUACAAACAUAACAUUGGCCGUGCUCGAGGCAUAUAUACCGCGCUUCUUUGCCGAUGCCACAAAUCAGUAUUAUUCGCAUCGGGACAAAUUUAUGAUAAAUGCCACGCCGCACGACAAGCACCUAGACGAGGAUGUGGAGGCCUAUCUGAAGCAACAGUUCGCCUACGAAAUUGAGCUGUACAACUUUUGCAAGCAGCGUCUCUAUAAGCAGUAUAUAGCCAUCAGGAAUAAAACAAAAUAUUAG